AUGGGAAUGAAGUCAACCCAGAAAGGAAUCUGGAAUCUUGUCAACAAUACAAGACUGAGCCUAAUUGUGGGAGUCAAAAUGUGCAAACUUGCAGAUCUCUGGCUCAUAAAACAAACCAAAAGACAAACAAACCAAAACAGUUUCCACACACCACAAAGAACCCAAGUAAUGCUCACCACCACCUCUGACACUGUUUCAAAUCCAAUCAUCAACAAAUCCGACAGUGCCAUCGCUGAUUUGGAAAAGUCCAUUGUUGAUCUUGACAACAUGAUUACCCCUCUGCGAACCAAGACACAGAAGAAACUCAACAAGAUUGAAGAGGAGAUUACAAACUGCAACUUUCUCAUUGAUUCUGGAUUAGGAUCCAAGAAGGAUCAAGCAGAACUCCGCAAGAACAAGAAAUCCCUUCGCAAUCGGCAUGUCAAGCUCAGGGAUGAAAUGGGGGCUCUUCCUGCAUUGGAGGAGGAACGCGAGGAUCUGGUAACCCAACUCAAGGACCUUCGCCGUCGCUAUGGAAUCCUAGAUGACGACAUCUGA